AUGGUCUCCCCACCUGUCGAGAAGCCCAGCAUCCGCUACAGUGCCAUGAACCCCCAUGGAGAUGCCCAGCAGUGCACCUCAGCCAUGUCUCCAGCCCACUUCGAAGGGCCCAGUGCUUCUGCAGGUGGGAUGCAUUUCCUGGCUCAAGCAGCUGAAGCCAUAUGGGGCAUUGAGGCCACCACCCUCAACCUCCAAGCCUGCAGAGACAAAGUAAGCAUAUUGUCCACCUUCCUCGCUCCCUUCAAGUACCUGAGCCCCGGCACCACCAACACGGAGGACGAAGACAAUCUAAGUACCAGCAGCACUGAAGUGAAGGAAAACCGCAAUGUGAGCAACCUGGGAACCAGGCCCCUGCCACCAGGGGACCGGGCCAGAGGAAGCACACCCAGCAUAAAAAGGAAAAGACCCCUGGAAGAAGGGAACGGGGGYCACUUCUGCAAACUCCAGCUGAUCUGGAAGAAGCUCUCAUGGUCCAUGACACCCAAGAACGCCCUGGUCCAGCUGCACGAGCUGAAGCCAGGCCUGCAGUACCGGAUGGUGUCCCAGACAGGCCCGGUGCAUGCCCCGGUCUUUGCAGUGGCUGUGGAAGUAAAUGGACUCACGUUUGAGGGCACAGGGCCCACCAAGAAGAAGGCCAAGAUGCGGGCAGCAGAGCUGGCACUGAAGUCCUUCGUGCAGUUCCCCAAUGCUUGCCAGGCCCACCUGGCCAUGGGCAGCGGCACAAGCCCAUGCACAGACUUCACCUCUGACCAGGCCGACUUCCCAGACACGCUGUUCAAGGAGUUUGAGCCAUCAGCACCCAGCGAGGACUUCCCAAACUGCCGCCCUGUGGACACCGAGCUGCUCUCCACAGCCUACCGGCAAGGGCGGCUACUCUGCCACACUCUGGACCUCAUGGGCCAGGCCCGGCCGGACAGGGCCAGACCAGCCCCCGCAGCCCUGGGUGAGAGGAACCCAGUGGUAGUGCUGAACGAGCUGCGCUCUGGCCUGCGGUACGUGUGCCUCUCAGAGGUGGCGGAGAAGCCUCGCACCAAGAGCUUUGUCAUGGCCGUGUGCGUGGACGGGAGGACGUUCGAAGGCUCAGGACGCAGCAAGAAGCUGGCCAAGGGCCAGGCCGCACAGGCCGCCCUGCAGGCCCUCUUCGACAUCCGGCUUCCUGGCCACACCCCCAGCAGGAGUAAAAGUAACCUCUUGCCACAGGAAUUCGCCGACUCUGUGUCCCAGCUGGUCACACAGAAGUUCCGUGAGCUGACGGUUGGCCUGACGUCUGUGCAUGCCCGCCACAAAGCACUAGCAGGCAUCGUCAUGACCAAAGGCUUGGACACCAGGCAGGCACAGGUCAUCGUCCUGUCCUCGGGCACCAAGUGCAUCAGUGGUGAGCACAUCAGCGACCAGGGCCUGGUGGUGAAUGACUGCCAUGCGGAGAUCGUGGCCAGGAGGGCCUUCCUUCACUUCCUGUAUGCACAACUGGAGCUGCACCUGAGCAAGCGACGAGAGGACUCGGAGCGAUCGAUAUUUGUGCGUUUAAAGGAGGGAGGCUACAGGCUUCGAGAAAAUAUUCUCUUCCAUCUCUAUGUGAGCACGUCCCCCUGCGGAGACGCGAGACUCAACUCUCCCUACGAAAUCACCACAGACCUGAACAGCAGCAAACACAUCGUCAGGAAGUUCCGCGGGCACCUGCGCACCAAGAUAGAGUCUGGGGAAGGCACAGUCCCCGUCCGGGGCCCCAGUGCAGUCCAGACGUGGGACGGCAUCCUGCUGGGGGAACAGCUGGUCACCAUGUCCUGCACGGACAAGAUCGCCAGGUGGAACGUCCUGGGACUACAAGGAGCUCUCCUCUGUCACUUCAUCGAGCCUGUGUACCUCCACAGCAUCAUCGUGGGAAGCCUGCACCACACGGGCCACCUCUCUCGGGUCAUGAGCCACAGGAUGGAGGACAUUGGCCAGCUGCCCACGUCAUACCGACACAACCGGCCUCUCCUCAGUGGAGUGAGUUAUGCAGAGGCCCGGCAGCCAGGGAAGUCGCCCCACUUCAGUGUGAACUGGGUCGUGGGCAACKCGGACCUGGAGAUUAUUAAUGCCACCACCGGCAGGAGGAGCUGCGGGGGCUCAUCCAGGCUCUGCAAGCACGUGUUCUCUGCCCGCUGGGCACGGCUGUAUGCUGAGCACAUGGACACCAAGCCAUGGAGAUACGCCAUCCAUGUACUGUGA